AUGUCUUUAACACAUUUCCACCCAUGGUCAAUGAGAAGAGGUAAUGAGGUUUGGGAUCCAUUCAUGGAAACUGGUUUCUCCGAUAGAGAUAUGGAGAUGUGGAACAACAAAUCGCAAUUGUGGAAGCCAUGUGUCGAUGUCACAGAGAAUGCCAACGGAAUGAUGAUUCAUUGCGAGUUACCAGGUGUCAAGAAGGAUGCCAUCAAUCUCGACGUUGCCGAUGGCCGUUUAACAAUCUCCGGUGAGCGUACUCAAGAGAAGAAGGAGGAAGGCGAGAAAUUCCAUCGUGUCGAGAGAUCCUAUGGAAAGUUCCAGAGAACUUUUGCAGUGCCAGAGAAUUGCAAGACCUCCGAUAUCUCAGCUAAAUUCGCGGACGGUGUCUUGGAUAUCUGCAUUCCAAAACCAGAGAAGAAAGAGAAACCUCAAAAGAUUAGUAUUCAAUGA